GCUUUCCAACCGUCUUGUCUUGUCACUCACUUACUUUUGUGCCACUGACUUCAAAAGUGACAUGUGACAUGACGCACUGUCAGCGGCACAGACUGAUUGAGGGAGGGCUGGCUGCAUUACAUAAUAUACCGCUCAAGCGAAUAAGCCCAUAUCUCCGAAGUCCGGUCCGUCAUCUCGGACUGAAACUUGGACCCCCACCAACCCUGUUAUCUCCGUGCGACGCUUCUUCUUCAACUCCGUCUUGUCCUGAGUGAGACUGUACCACCGAGUGCGUUACGUGCUUGCUUCAGUCAGUUCCCUAUCACCCACUCGCGUACGGCCGAGAAGGAAGCAGGCUUAGCCCCCAGAUCCAACAAGCAAUUCCGUCGUUCAAUGCGCCAUGGACAGGACUUCGCCUCAGCAGCAGCAGCAGCCACAAUCUCCGCCUCAGCAGGGCCUGGCGCAAUCGUCUCAACCCCAUCGGCGGAGACGUCCGGCACUCGCGUGCCACGAAUGCCGGCGUCGCAAGAUCAAGUGCGACCAAAGGAGCCCCUGUGCUCACUGUAUUCGCCAUAACACUGAAUGCAUCUAUCAGCCCUACCGCGAUGGCUCGCCGUCUGUUCUCGUACGAGGCUCACGGGUGAGGGACAGGGUAUCAGCACAACCAUCAACAGCCAGCCCAGCACCCCUAGAGACUGCCACUGCCACUGCCACUGCCACUGCCACUGCCAUAGAAGGUUGUCACCCAGCUCAAUCCACUAUUGAAGUGUCACGUCGCGAUAGUGCACUCACCCCUCAUGACCAGGAUGUCGCACCGCCUCAUUCGGCGACAGCAACGAUAGCAGCUGGCCACGGAUUUCCAACACCAGCCUCGAGCAUCCCCAGGCACGGUAAUGACCAUAACACCAACAAGAGCCAGGUUCAAUGCCAUGAUGACAAUGUUCAAGAUUUACUGCACAAGGUACUGCAGAGACUUGAUGAUUCUGCUAGAUACCAGAGCCAAGCUGGAGGUCACAGCACCAGAGCCCCUUCGCCGCCAUCUGUGAUUGGUAGCGACAAGCACCAAAAUGAACCCGCCCACGGCUCCCAGGAUUGGCAAGCUGUACUUAAUAAGUCCAGGGACAUGGGGAGGGGUAGCUGGGCCGAGAUCACAAAGGAGUUUCACUACGUCCUUGCCUGCUGGGUCGAGAUAAUGGGCAAGUCCAGCAGCAGCAGCUAUGCAUUUCAAGAACCUGGGGUAGCAUCCGUCGUUGUACAAGCUGGCGACUUCCUUGCCAAGUGCAAGACCAUGGCCAAGACCAUCAAACUCAGUCGUCCUACGAGGGGUCUCUCGUCAUCCACUGAUUUCCUUGUCCCCCCUUCCCGUGAAACAUGCGAUGUCAUGGUCGAUAUCUACUUCAAGUCAUUCGAGUCUUCCCACCGCAUCCUCCAUUGCCCGACUUUCAUGGCCGAUUACAAGAGAUACUGGGACCACCCCGAGUCUGUCACAGAUUCUCUGCGUUUGACCGUUCUUCUCGUCAUCGCGACAGGCUCAAGCCUAUUCGAUCAUGCAACUCCAGAGGAAGCACUUCGCAACGCGGAGCUGGUGCAUCACUGGAUUUAUGCUUCCGAGACAUGGCUCGCUGGACCGCUCGAGAAGGAUCGCGUAGACCUUACUGGCUUGCAAAUCUACUGCCUUACGCUGUUGGCCCGGCAGAUAUUCUCCAUUGGCGGUGACACGGUGUGGAUGUCGACAGGUUCGCUUAUCCACCGAGCUAUGCAGAUCGGCCUGCACCGCGACCCUGCUUACCUUGGCAAAUCGAUGCCAAUGCUUCAAGCCGAGAUCCGUCGCAGGCUUUGGGCCACUAUCCUCGAGCUAGUUAUACAGGCUUCACUGGACUCUAGAAUGCCACCGAGGAUAUCUCUGGACGAGUUUGACACGCAGCAACCCUCCAACCUCAACGACGAUGAGAUGGGUAACUCAACCACAGUUAUCCCAUCUCACCCUCCAGGCUACUUCACCUCAACUUCAGUACAGCUUGCACUCCUGGCGUCAUUCCCUGUCCGCCUUCGCAUCAUCAAUGUACUAAACAAACCCGAUGAUGAAUCCUCCUAUCAGGAAAUCCUUGCACUCAGUUCGGAGUUGACAAACGCUCUGCACAGCAGUUUGAUGAAACCCGGCCAAGGCUCGACUCCCUUCCAUCGAAACCUUCUUGACUACUUGGUCCGUCGUUUCAUGAUCCCACUACACUUCUUUUUCAGCAACCGGGCCCGCACCAACCCAAUUUACUAUUACUCGCUCAAGCUAAGUCUCGAUGCUGCAACUGCCCUCAUGUCACCUGAGCCUGAUGCUGGCUUUUCAAGGUUGAUGGCGUCAGGCGGCGGGUUAUUCCGCGAGGGCAUCCGAGUCGCUAGUAUGGCGGUUGGUCUUGAGCUUCUCAUACACGUGCAGGCACAGCGCCUCGACGGUACGCUGCACAGGACCAGCCAGUACCGCCACCUCUUGAAACAGUCUAUCCGCGAUAUGAUUGCACUAUCAGAAGAGCGCAUCCGUCAGGGAGAGACAAAUGUGAAAAGCCACAUGUUCCUCAGCAUGAUCCUCGGCCAGGCUGAAGCUAUCGAAACGGAGUCGUUUAUUCCAUUGCAAGUUGCACGGAGCGCGAGAGAUAGCCUGGAAUCCAGUUAUAGCAUGCUGAAGAUGAGAGCGGACAAGGCGUCGUCAGCCUCGGUUCCUUAUGCUGAUCUCCCUAUGGGUAGCACGGAUCUCGGGGGCCAGGUAUCGAACGAUUAUGGCAUGGACUUGGACUUGGACUGGGAAUCAUUCUUACCCGAUGAAACCUUUCUAAUGGGAUAGCUGAGUGGUUUGUUCGAGUGAGUACGGGUGUAGGCUUAUGCUUGUUCUUCAGCCUGUUCAGGAAACGAGAAUAAAAUUGCUCUUUUGGUGAAUAAGGAUACCCAUUUGUAAUGCUAGUCUAUGUAUUUAUCUUGAGUCUCAUCGACGUUGAUAAUCACAGAAUAAGUCUUGUAUUCUAUAAUCGUGAUAGUUACCUGUUAUCCGGUUUUUUUCUGGCUGGAGGCAAGUCACAGCUUCAUAUGUAGAGCGAUAAGAGGGGAAUGAGUCUUCAGCAAGCCGGUCAACAUGAGGCUAUGUAACGAGGAUCGAAUAGAGCAGAG